AAAACGACGGGAAAAUACGGGAACCGAUCCGACAUCUGCAUUUAUAGGAUAUUUUUACAGGGUUAUUAUUUAGAUUAGGCGGAUAAUGAGCAGUCCGAUACGAAAUCGACUGCAGCUCGUCGUCACACUCAUAUUUUGUCUUUUCUUCGAAAAUGUAAACGGAUUGAAUAAUUUCAUCGAUAAUUUUGAGACUUUGAACUAUCGUGCCACGCAUGUUGCAAAUCAGGUAACACGACGAAAACGAUCGAUCGAUUCAGCAGCUUCUCAUUAUCAAGAACCAAUUGGUUUCCGAUUCAAUGCAUACAAUCGAACAUUCCACGUUCAAUUGCACCCAAUCGAUGACUCAUUGUUCCAUGAGGAUCACAUGUCAGAUGUUGAUGGUGGAUACGCUGAUAUCAAGCCAAGUCAUUUUUUAUAUGAAGGAUAUUUGAAAGACGAUCCGAAUUCCCAUGUGCACGGAAGUGUAUUUGAUGGAGUCUUUGAAGGACAUAUUCAGACCGGUGAAGGACGGAGAUAUUCGAUUGACAAAGCGGCAAAAUACUUUGAAAGAGAUGACCGACCCACUCAGUAUCACUCGAUUAUAUACAGAGACGAUGAGAUUAAUCAUCGAAAAUGGAGAGUGAAAAGAGAUGCCGAAAACCUAUCCGAACAAAUGCAAGGAUGUGGUUUCUCAUCUCGUGUUCGCCGUGAAAUGACCGAUGUUCAGAAUUCUGGAGAAAGCACCGAUUUCUUCACGAAUUACAUGACUAUGGGCGGUCGAUCGAAACGAGCAAAUACUCUUCGAGACCACGAUGGACUUUAUUUUGUGAGAACAUGCUCAUUAUACAUGCAAGCUGAUCAUAAACUUUACGAACAUAUUCGUAUGAAAGAAGGAAAUAAUGAUCCGAUUCGAACGAGAGAGGAGAUUGUUAGCUUGUUUUAUAAUCAUAUCAAGGCUGUAAAUGAGAUUUAUGAAGGAACGAAUUUUAAUGGAAUCAAGGGACUUCAUUUUGUCAUUCAGAGAACCUCGAUCUACACCCCUGAUAGCUGUGAUCGUGGAAGAGCCAAGACAGAUUCUGAUAAUCCAUUCUGUGAAGAGAACGUUGACGUUUCCAAUUUCUUGAAUUUAAAUUCUCAACGAAAUCAUUCAGCAUUUUGUCUCGCCUAUGCUCUCACAUUCAGAGAUUUUGUCGGUGGAACUCUUGGUCUUGCCUGGGUUGCGAGCCCACAAUUUAACACAGCUGGAGGAAUCUGCCAAGUACAUCAGAGAUACAAUGAAGGAAGUCGUGGAUGGGUUUAUAGAUCGCUUAACACUGGAAUUGUUACUCUCGUUAAUUAUGGAAACCGAGUACCAGCGAGAGUUUCACAAUUGACUCUGGCUCACGAGAUUGGACACAAUUUCGGAUCGCCUCAUGAUUUUCCUGCUGAGUGUCAACCUGGUCUUCCUGAUGGUAACUUCAUUAUGUUUGCAUCUGCAACAUCAGGAGACAAACCGAACAAUGGGAAAUUCUCUCCUUGCUCUGUCAAAAAUAUCUCUGCAGUUCUUGCCGUUGUACUCAAAUCAAUGCCAGUCGAUCCAACACGCAACGCAUCUCCUGUUGGAAUCGGAAAGAGAAAUUGCUUCCAGGAGAGAACUUCUGCAUUCUGUGGAAAUCAAAUCUACGAACCCGGAGAGGAAUGUGAUUGUGGAUUCUCUCAAGCUGAUUGCGAUCAAAUGGGUGAUAAGUGUUGUGUUCCACAUGAAGCACGUGGAAAUGGUGGUCCAGGACCCUGCAAAAGAAAACCAGGAGCACAAUGCUCUCCAUCUCAGGGAUACUGCUGUAAUCCAGAUACAUGCUCUCUGCAUGGUAAAAACGAAGAGAAAAUAUGCAGACAGGAAUCUGAAUGUUCAAACCUUCAAACUUGUGAUGGAAGAAAUGCACAAUGCCCAGUCUCUCCACCAAAACACGAUGGAAUUCCAUGUCAAGACAGUACAAAAGUUUGCUCGAGUGGACAAUGUAAUGGAUCAGUUUGUGCAAUGUUUGGACUGGAAGACUGUUUCCUUACCGAGGGAAAAGCUGAUGAGCUAUGCUUCUUGGCGUGUAUUAAAGAUGGAAAGUGUACAUCAUCUGUCCAUCUUCCGGAAUUCUCUGCCAAUCGUACCAAUUUCUUGCAAAAUAUGAGAAAAGACAAACCUGGACUCAUUCUUCAUCCUGGAUCACCGUGUAAUAACUACAAGGGAUAUUGUGAUAUCUUCAGAAAAUGCCGAAGUGUUGAUGCAAAUGGACCAUUGGCACGGCUGAAGAACUUGCUGUUCAACAAGAGAACAAUCGAAACUCUAACACAAUGGGCACAGGAUAACUGGUGGGUUGUAGGAGUUGGCGGUCUCGUAUUCCUUGUGAUUAUGGCUUUGUUCGUGAAGUGUUGCGCUGUACACACGCCUAGUACAAACCCCAACAAGCCACCGGCACUUAACAUCUACCAGACACUCACUCGUCCUGGAACAUUGAUUCGUCAACAUCGCCAACGUCAUCGUGCAGCUGCUGGUAGUGUUCCACCAGGACCAGGUGCCCAACCGCGUUCCGGUGCAGCUUCUGCACCAUCUCGAACAACACCUUCUGCACGUCCAUCUGCCCCUCCAUUGGUAGCUCCACAAGUCGCUGUUGCCGUUCCACCUGGUGUCGUUGGGCCUCCAAUUCCACUGAUUGCUACUCAUCCAGGAUCUUCAAGUUCAACACCUGCAGUCAUUGUCCUCGAGCCUCCACCACCGUAUACAGCUGCUGAUCCUGGAUCAGCGAUGGGCGGACCACGAAGAGGUCACAGGAAGAAUAAGAGACAAACUUCUUCAGAUGCUGCUGGUUCUUCAGGGAAUGGUGGCAAAAAGAAGGGAAAGUAAACAAAAAAUGUUUUACUUCCAAAUCAUCUCACUUGAUAUGUGCUCAUUUUACGGUUUUCUCCCGGGCUUUAGUUUUAAUUGUCAAUUUUUCCCGUUUGACUAUUAAAUUCAUAUAUCUUUUCCUAAUUGUUUUUUUACAAUGUUGUUCCAUCUUGCCUUUUCCACUCCUACUUCUUUCAUUUCCCUCUGACCCAACACUUCCCUUAAUUUGUAUUAUUCAUUAUCUCCCAUUCCCCCCAAGACGGUGCUUCAGUUUUUCCAUGUACUAUACCUAACUUAUUGGUCAAGUUUUUCGACUUUAUACUACAGGUUCCAAUUUUUGUGCAUUCUUCUUUUACCCACUUUUUUGUAAUUCUCACAUCCAAAUUCGAGGUUUUCACCGCCGCUUUCAACUCAUUUUCAGCCUUUGUUUUGUUCAAUCGUAUUUCAUACAUUUCACUUUGACUCAUUGAAUUUCGAAUGAAAAUUUAAAAGAAAA